UAUCAUCUUCAUGGAUCCUUGACUUUCAUAUGAUUGCGUAUACUGACUGAGACACUGAGCGCAGGCCAAUAAAAGUAACGAUACUUUGCAUUAAACAAAAGGCAAUUUUUCGACACACGUCUGAAAAUCUGACUGUCUUACUUACGGACGGCGAGACAGUCUGGAUCCGUCCCUGCUCAUUGGUGAAAGCAAGCAUAAACACACACUCCGACUGAAAGAGCCAGAACAGAAGUUUUGUUGCUUACACACAGGAAAUAACUGGAUUUGAAGUACGUGAUGAUGAAAUUGAAUUUGAGUACCAUCGUCUGUUUGAUGCUCGUUGUUGCUGCCUCUGGUCAAGUUGAAGAUUCGAACCAAAAUAUUGACUAUUAUCGACGACACUAUCAGUGUCCUCAAGGAUGGGUUCAGAGAUGCAACCGAUGCUACUUAUAUGUCAACCAGCCAAUGCAAUGGCUGGGCGCCCAAUAUUACUGCAGAAGUCUUGGGAGUGAUUUGGUCACAAUUCGUGACUGGGCAACCAACUACUUCAUGUUCCGCAUCGUGAGGUAUUUCGAUCGGAGGCGAAGAACAGUAUGGAUCGGUGCUAACGAUCGCAGAACCGAAGGCACAUUCAAAUGGUCUGAUGGAACUAGAGCUAACAAGUACAGUUUCCGGUGGUUUGCUCCGGGGGAGCCUGAUGAUGAAUCCCCGGGCCAAGACUGCGUCGAACUGCAAACGCGAGGAAAACGCAGAUUCUUGUGGACAGACAAUUUCUGUGAGGACGAGCAAACCUUUAUCUGUCAGGUCAACGCUUGUUACAAAGGGCAAUUUCGAUGUGACAAUGGAAAGUGCAUUACAAAGUAUGCGGUGUGCGACCGUGUCAAUGAUUGCGGAGACAAAUCGGAUGAGAGAAAUUGCAAACACUGCGGAGGGAAGCUUGAAGGAACAAAUGGCUCUUUUAUGUCACCAGAGUAUCCUAAGUUUUACCCAUCUGAUUCAGAGUGCACUUGGAAGAUCACGGUUCCUUUGAAGUCAAAAGUGGAACUGUCAUUCAAAGAAAUUCACCUGGAGCCUGGGUUCGAUUAUGUUUAUGUUUACGAUGGGCCAACCUCGUCUUCAAAGAUCAUUGCUCGAUUGAUGGGUCUAGGCAAGGUGACACCUUUGCUGUCAUCUGGUAACCAAAUGCUGGUCCGAUUUGUAUCUGACAAAAACAUCGAGAAGAAAGGGUUCUUGGCUAACUACAGCACAGUGAAUGACUCUUCCUGUGGAGAAGCAUUGAAUGUUGGUAAAGGUCAAAUGCGGGAAAUCAUUUCACCAAAAUAUCCUUUACAUUAUCCAACAAAUUCCAAAUGCACUUGGACGAUUACUGCCGACCCAAACAGUGUACUGAGCCUCCAUUUUGUUGACUUUGAAACCGAACUUAUUAAUGAUGCGGUAGACAUAAGGGAUGGUGUUUUGAGCACAGAUAAAUUGAUCGCCAGAUUGUCAGGCGCACAGACUGGUCAAAUGUUCAUUUCGACUGGAGCAGGACUCACGAUGAAGUUCACGUCAGAUCGCGCCAAUGGUAGUAGAGGUUUUAAGGCAGUCGUGUACGGAGGUUGUAACAUCGAACUUAAUGCAACGAAAGGUGUAAUUUCCAGUCCAGGAUUUGGCUAUAAAAACUACCCAAAUAUGUCAGAUUGCACAUGGAAAAUCAACGAACCAAACGGAAGAAACAUCGGCUUAUUGUUUCAUUUUUUCGACACUGAAUUGGACUUUGAUGUUUUGGAUGUGCUGAAUGGCAACACUGGUGCCUCGAUCAAACGAUAUUCUGGAGAACUUGCGAGGCAGGCUUCGGAGGCCUGGAUCCUAGCUACAGCUACGUCACAAUUAGAUUUUACCUUUAAGUCAGAUAACAGCUACAGAAAAAAGGGAUUUCGAAUUUCUUUCUCCGUUGGAUGCCCCAAGUUAGUGGUUCCAGAGCAUGGAUCCAUAAGCACAGUGCAAACAAACUUUGGAGUUCGGGUUACUUACAAAUGCAACAGUGGCUAUAGGCUUAAUGUCAGUGUGACAACAACUUGUCUUUUUGGAGGAAUGUGGUCUGCGAAAGCUCCAAAAUGCCAAGAAAUCAUUUGUGGUCCCCCCGGAAUCAUCGCAAAUGGCGUUUAUCAAAUCGAUGGCAGUUACAACUUCAAUAGCACAGCAACAUACUCUUGUUUUGGGGGGUACCAGUUGAACGAAAGUCGAGUUCGUCAUUGUCAAGAAAAUGGACUGUGGUCCGGAUCUUUGCCAAAUUGUAUAGACGUUGGUUGUGGAGACCCUGGGACACCUGCAAAUGGAGCAAGAAGCACGAGCAAUACUAAUGUCAGUGCAGUAAUGUCUUUCACUUGCGACUACGGAUACAACUUGCACGGGCCAAAAACCAUAAUUUGUGGGGCAGAGGGAAAGUGGUCCGGACCAAUUCCCACAUGCAAACCUGUCUUCUGCAUGGUCGUACCAGCACCAGUCAAUGGAAAAUACUUGCUAGGCCCAAACAGCACAGUUCCUGUUCGAAUCAAUUAUGGCGAAAUGCUUAGCUUUGCUUGCAAUAGAGGCUAUCGCAUGAGAGAAUCAGAGUCGAUCAUUUGCCAAGCUAAUGAAACUUUCAACCACACUGCUCCUCAAUGUUUUGACAUCAACGAAUGUAGCAAUGUACCUUGCAAAGGACCUGGAGCUUUCUGUACCAACACUGUUGGGUCGUACAUAUGUAGCUGUAGAGCAGGAUACCAGAAAGUUAAAGGACAGGAGGACACUUGUGAAGAUAUUGACGAAUGUGCAGUUAACAAUGGUGGAUGUGCCCACAACUGUACUAAUACAACUGGGAGCUAUCACUGCAGUUGCUUAGAAGGAUACUAUUUGUAUGAUGGCAAGGAAAGUUUGGUUCAAGAAGUGACUGUCAACCGCACUUGUUUAGGUGUCAAGUGCCCACCACCACCACCCCUGGUGAAUGGGGUUAGAGCGUUUUCAUCCUUCCGACAUCCAGCGCUUGUUAUUUCUCAAUGUAAUGCUGGAUAUUUACGUACUGGGCCAAAAGAGAUUCGGUGCUUGAAAUCGGGCAACUGGAGUGGUGGCUAUGCUACGUGUAAUGCGGUCAAUUGUGGAGAUUCUGGGGCAUCGGUGAAUGCUAUCACCAACGUCACAGAUGGAUCGAACUUUAUGUCAAAAAUCAAUAACGAGUGCUUGGAUGGACACAUCAGAGAGAAUGGAUCACUCCAAAGAGUGUGUCUAGCAAACGAGACACAUGCCUUUUGGACAGGCUUGCCCCUUAUUUGCAAAAGAAUUUCAUGUGGAAGACAAUUGGAAAUCGCCAAUGGCAAACUGGUGUAUUUGAAUGGAACUCUUUUUGGAGAUAAAAUCGUGUAUGAAUGCCAACCCGGAUAUAAUCUGACAGGAGGGAGUCAGGAGAGAACAUGUUCCUCACUUCGUACCUGGUCAGGAAAUGAAUCAAAUUGCCAAGCUCAACUCUGCCCAGAUCCUGGUGUUCCAAGAAACGGCAAAAGGAAAGGAAUUUCUGUCUUUGGAGAAACAGUCGUAUAUAGCUGCAUCUCUGGCUACUCUAUGUCUGGAGAUGAAAACCGCACGUGCAGUUUUGUGAGCGGCAAAGGACUGGUGUGGUCUGGCGUUUUGCCUCGAUGCACAGAAUCUCAGCCUCCCUCCUUUGGAAACACUUGCCCCAACAACACCGUGUUGGUUUUGCCUAAAGGAGAAGCAACCAUGUACUAUUCUUGGACUGUGCCAACAGCAACAGACAACAGUGGAAUACCACCGAAUGUGACAGUAACGCCAAUUUUGAUGCCCCCUCUCCAGAUAGGACCUGGAGUUACUUCAAUCACCUAUCUUGCGGAAGAUGCAGAAGGAAACAUUGCCAAUUGCACUUUUGCAAUAACAGUUCUAGACAAAGAAGCACCAGUAACUGAAUGUCCAAAGAACGUGAUCAUAUCAAGCGACUUGCCGGUUAUCGCCUAUUGGGAAAGUGGGUAUGCCAAAGAUAAUACUCGUAUUGCAAGUAUCGCCUUCGACCCUCCAAACGGAACAAGAUUCAUGUCUGACUCUCGAAAUCAAGUGACGAUGAAUGCUACAGAUAUUUAUGGCAAUCAAGCUUCAUGUAUCAUGGAAGUGACUGUGAAAGAAUUCUGUAGCGCUGGCACAUUUUCUAGCGAUGGCUUUGUUCCCGUUUGUCGCCCGUGUCCAAUUGGCGAGUACCAAUCGUCUAAAAAUUCGACCAAAUGUGUCAAAUGCCCGUCUGGCCAAUCAACAAAAUCAACUGGAGCAAAGUCAAUAGCGGAAUGUGUAGAUCCUUGCGCUGCGGGUAACUUCUCAAGGGAUGGAUACAGCCCUUGCACGCAAUGUCCCAUUGGCACUUACCAACCCAAUACUGGCCGAGUGGUCUGUUAUCUCUGUCCUGGCGGAGGAGCAUUUGGCGGCAAAACAGGCGCAGCUUCAGUCUCAGAAUGUCCAGCCAACGAUUCUUGCUACGCUUCGCCCUGUCAGAACAACGGCACGUGCAUUCGUGGUGAAUUUGCUUACUCGUGCAAGUGUGCAGAUGGUUACACUGGCAAAGACUGCAAGAUCGAGGUCGAUGAAUGUGCUUCAGCGCCAUGUCAGAAUGGGGGCAACUGCACCGAUUUAGUGAACUCUUAUUCCUGUACGUGCCCUCCUGGAUAUACAGGAUUGAGCUGCGAGAUUGACAUUAACGAAUGUGAAAGUCAGCCUUGUAUGCACGGGGGUAACUGCGUGGAUGGCGUAAAUUCGGUAUGUUUCAGAAAACAGGUUGCCAUACCUUUGUGUUUUUUCAAAAUAUCGACCCUUUUCAAAAUAUGGGUCAUUUAAUAUACUUUCCAACCUAUAGACCUUCCCGUCUAUAAACCUAAAAAUUUCCGUUCAGACUCAAUCUUGAGACCUCACAGCCUCCGUUUAAACUCAAGAUUCACUUCCCUCACCCUUC